UUUAGGAUAACCCGCUCCAGAGCUCCUCGUGUUCUGUCGGUCAAGCGUGGACAUAGCCUACUCUAUAAAUAAAGAUUUUCAUUCAUUCUGCUUUAAAUUUUAAUUCGUUUUCAAAGCAUAGUUCUAAAUCCGUCAACAUGUCAGGAAAGCCCGUGCUAUAUUACUUCUAUGGGAGAGGGAAAAUGGAGUCCAUAAGAUGGCUUUUAGCUGCGGCCGGAGUUGAGUUUGAUGAAGUUUAUGUGUCAACCCGAGAACAGUACGAAAAAAUGAUAAAGGAUGGAGACCUCAUGUUUCACCAGCUUCCCUUAGUGGAGAUGGAUGGCAUGAAGCUUGUUCAGACAAAGGCAAUCUUGACUUACAUAGCAGAAAAACACAACCUGCUUGGGAAGGAUCUGAAGGAACGGGUUAUAAUUGAAAUGUAUACUGAGGGAAUAAGAGAUCUGAUGACCAUGAUAAUGUCCAUGCCUUUCUUACCACAAGAGCAACAGGAAAAGCAUCUGAAUAACAUACAAAACAAAUCCACUGGUUGCUAUCUUCCAGUGUAUGAAAAGGCUCUUGCUAAUGGUCAGUUCCUUGUGGGGAACCAGAUGAGCUGUGCAGAUGUUCUGCUUCUUGAAGGCCUUCUGAUGUUGGAGGAGAGAUUACCCUCAAUUCUUCGCAACUUUCCUAAACUUCAGGCAUUUCAGGGGAGGAUGAAAGCCAUACCCAACAUCAGCAAAUUUCUCCAGCCUGGCAGUCAGAGGAAGUCCCCACCUGAUGAGAAAUAUGUGAAAACUGUGAAGGAGGUGCUGAGUCACAUUUUCUCUUAAAGAUUUGUGAGAUUGGCACAAAAACAAUCUGAUUAUCUACAAGAGGAUAUUCUUUUCCAAAAAAAAUCAUUUUUACCCAGUUUAGGAAUUGUCUUCGGAUUUUACUUCAUAGAAUUUGCUGCAUACAAUUUAUGCUGGAAGUUGUUGUUUAAAAGUCUGAGAAAUAUUUGGAAAUCAGCUAAUAAAUGCAUACAUCAUAAUGA